AUGAAUCACGGAUUAUUACUUUCAUCUUUAGCCAAAAAGAACAAAUCGUCAUUCCUAUUGGUAAAUUUAGACAUUGAAGGUGCUUACGAUUCCGUUGAAAACCAUAUUAUUGAAAAAGCUCUCACGCAUUGUGAGUUUCCAGAGGAGUUGAAAUCUUUCAUACUAAAUUCAUAUAAGAAUCAAACGUUACAAUUAGAAAUUAAUCAGCAUCUCUCAAGACCAUUCACAAAAACAAGAGGAAUACCACAAGGAUGCCCUCUAGCUCCUCUUAUAUAUGAUUGUAUUACUCAACUCAUAAUUGACAAAUGUAUACAACAAUGGAAAAUAUCAAUCAAACCAACCAAGCUUAAUAUUAACGAUAUUGGAUUACUCUGCUUCGCUGAUGACAUUAAUUUUAUUGCAAACAGAUAUUGCAAUUAUAACGAAAGACUUGAUAAUAUUUCAAAAUGGCUCGGCCAAUUAAGCCUAAACAUUAAUCCUUCAAAAUCCAUGUCAACCACUCUCCCAACUAAAAGCAUAAUGAAACCAAUGAUAGAUGGUACAAUUAUACCAAGAUUCAAAAACCUUCGAGUGCUUGAUCAUUAUCCUUGGGAUGACUCUACUCUAAAUGAAGAUAUUGAAAAAAGAAUCCUCCAAUUUCAACUCUCACUCAAAUAUAUUCCACUGAAAAGAAUGGAGAUAACAAAUAUUAAGAAAGUAAUCUUUGCCAAAUGUACUAGUUUAUUUACACACAUUUUACGAACAAAUUAUAUUCCUGAAACGCUUGUUGAUAGAAUCAACAUUGAAGUAAGAAAAGCAAUAAGAAAGAAAAUUUUCAUGCAUAAUGCUAGUCCAACAAACUAUUUUCACCUCCCAAUCACCUAUGGUGGAUUAGGUAUUCCAAGAUUCGACAUCUUUGCUGAUGAAAUUAGAAUCAAAACAGCCCUUUAUCUUAUUAACAAUGAGAACGAACUCCUUAGAGAAGUUUAUUCAGAAGGAAUUAAAUAUGAAAAUUCGAUUUUUAAGGAAAUGAAUAGAUCAAUGAAGAAAUACAAGAUCAAACCUCAACAAUUUAACAAUGAUGAAAAUCUUCCAAAACUCAAAGGAAAGAAUUUUACUAUUUACACUGACGGAUCAAAUCUAAACAAUUCAACAGGUUUCGGCUUCACCGCCAAAGUCAACAAUUCCCAAGAAACCCAAAAAUUCUCGUACAAAAUUAACAGUGAAUACUCACAUAACGUCGCUGAAUUGUCAGCUAUACUCACAUCACUAAAGAUACUUCCACCUAAAUCCAAGGCAAAAAUUCACACAGAUAGUGAAAUAUCCAUCCACAUCUUGAAAAACAAAGCCUAUAAUGGAAUGUUUAACUGCUUUAAACAUGAAUAUCAUAAGGUCAUUCAACAAUCCAAACUGAAUAUUCAACUAAUCAAAGUUAAAGGACACGUCAACGAAGGAAAUAUCAAAGCUGAUGAAUUAGCAAAGAAAGGAGCUCAAGAGCACAACUACUUUGACAUUAGGAAACUUUUUUCAAACCAAACCAUCCUUACUACAUCAAAUACCAUUAUUUUCGACAUCAAAAAAUCCAUACAAAAGAAACGUUACGAAGUAAUGUUUAGCCAAUUUGAUAGAAAUAAUUCCAGUCUACACCUUACCAAGAACUGGUCAUCUAUCAAUCUGAAAUUCAUCAAAUCUAAAAUUGACACAGAGACUAAAUGGUCAAUCUGGAGAAAUCUGACAAGUAAUCAUAUCAAACAACAUAAGGAAAGACAAUGCGCUCACUGCAAAUGCCCCGGAACCCUAAAACAUUUUAUAUACUAUUGCCCUAACACUCAAUGUUUUAGGGACUUUUUCUACACAAAAUUCCUAGAAAUUACAUCAAUAAGAUGCAUCCUCAACGAUUAUCAAGAAUCAAGAUACUGUGAUAGAAGAAAAGUUUUCAUCAUCCACCAUGACGGAGUAAUGAUUCGAGAUACUCAAAUACCCAACCUUAAAAAUUUACCAAAUAUUUACCAAAAUUGGCCUGAAAUCCAAAUAAUUCUCACCUUACUAGUUGGUAAAUGUCACACCAAAUACUAUGAAAACUCAAGAUUCAAAAAACCAUUUCAAAAACAAUCCCCAAUCCUCACGGAUUUACCAGCACCAAUGGUGUUAACAAUCGGCUAA